AUGUUGCCGGACGGCGAUGCCUUGCUUUGGCGGUCCAGUCUUGUCCUGGCUUCAGGGCGGAGUGAUGACAGCAGCGUACAUUUCCCCACACACACCCGACACUCACAGGCGAGCCUGAUCCAGGAACAGGUCGGGACUGGAGCCGUGGUCAUCGUGAUCCCGCGCGCAAAGCUGUACGGUUUCCACGUCGUCGACCAUCCCAAGGGGGGUGAUGGCGCGGGUAUCCCCUCGGAGCCCUCAUGGCGUGACGUUGGAACCGUACCCGCAACCGAGCCAUCGCAACGGCAACGGGCAGCGGGCGAGCAACCGGCCGGGGCGGAAGACAGCCAGGAGUCCACUCAGGACAGCACACGACCAUCAGACAGGGUGCAAAUUGAAAUGUCGGGCCCAAACAGAGUCAAGCGCAUAGUACCAGAGGGCUGA